CUGCCUCAACCCCCUUCCCUCCUUUAUCUCUUGAAGCAUCCCCCACAAAAACCCAGCCACCAUGUCAAGCAUCGGCCCGGUCCUGGUAACCGGCGGCAACGGCUUCAUUGCCUACCACAUAAUCGCCAAGAUCCUGGAAGCGGAGCCAAACUGCGAGAUCCACUCCAUGGACAUCAACGUAAAUCGCAACCGCCACCCCCAGCCCAACGUACACUACCACCAGGGCGACCUCUCCAUCGCCUCUGACGUCCAGCACAUAAUGGCCCUCGCACAGCCCGUCACAAUCUUCCACACAGCCUCCCCAGAAUUCUCCGACGCGCCCGAAACCGCCUACCGCGACAUCAUCGUAACAGGCACAUACCACCUCCUCGCCGCCGCGCAUAAACUGCAAACCGUGCGCGCGCUCAUCAACACCUCCACCUCGGGCGUGAUCAACGACAACCACACGGACCUUAUCGACGCCACCGAAGACCUACCCAUCCUGCGGCCGCCACAGCAGAAACGCCUGUACUGCAUUGCCAAAGCGGACGCCGAGGAUGCCAUCCAAGCCGCCAACCGCCAUCCAGACACCCAGAUGCUGACGUGCCAUAUCCGGCCGUGUCUUGUCUUCGGUGAGCGCGAUAUCGGGGCUCUCGGAAAGAUGUUCGCUGUUGCGCGUCAGGGAAAGUCCCGGUUUCAGAUGGGGGAGGGGCGCAAUUCGUAUGAUUUUAUGUAUGUGGGGAAUUUGGCGGAUGCGCAUUUGUUGGCUGCUAGGGCGUUGUUGGAGGCGUGGGGCAAGCCACCUCCGGCGGAUGGGAGGAGGAGGGUCGAUGGCGAGUGCUUUCAUGUUACGAAUGAGGAGCCGUGGUUGUUUUGGGACUUUCAGCGGAGGGUGGCGGCUUUGGUGGGCAGGCCUGUUCGGCCGGACGAGGUCGUUGUUAUCCCUAUGUGGGUGGGUUGGACUAUUGGGUAUCUUAAUGAGUGGGUUGCUUGGAUUGUGUCCGGGGGCACGAAGAGGGCUAAUAUGACGCGCGAGGGGAUUCGAUUUAGUACCCUUGUUCGCACGCUCAAUGGGGAGAAGGCGAGGAGGGUGUUGGGGUAUCGGCCCAAAGUGAGCGUGCAGGAGGGGCUAGAAAGGAGUGUGCGUUGGUUCAUGGAGAAUGAGAAGGCGCAGGGGAAGAAGACGUAGAUUUACUGAUAUUUGGAUUAAGUCUAAGGAGUGGGAGUCAUGAGGUUUAGGUUGGCCACCAGGCUUUUUGGUAUCUUG